AUGUACAGUGAUAAUGUAGAAUUCAAGCAUAUUCCAGGUGCAAUUCCAGAACUUGUGUUAUGCAACAUACAUGAAGAGGAAGUAGAAAGAUUAGUGUUGUCUAAACUGACUCGAGAAGAAUGUAAUGAGUUACUAGUCUCCAAAGGCUUUACGAAGAAAUUUAAAGAUAAUAAAGACGAGAUGUAAAUCUUCUAAUCGGUAUUAUAUUAUAAAAAGCAAUAAUCUAUUAAAACUGAUCAUAAAUA